UAUGUAUCAACCACAGAACUGACACUUACUAGCAGUUCCCACUCACUACCAACUGCAGGGUGGGAGAUGCAACAAUGUCCUUGAGAACAGCAGGAAGUGUGUUGGUGGUCUUUCUCUGGUCUGUAGCAGUGGUACUGGGUCAGGAUGGCUGGAGUGUUAGAUACACCACUCAGAGUAUCUGUACCUUGAAGGGGUCACCAGUGGAGAUGUCCUGCUCUUACACAUAUCCCAGUUGGCAUAAAGUCACAACAACCUUCUGGUUCAUCAAAAAGUAUGAUGUGGAGAAUUAUGUGAGUCUGUUAGAUGACCCAGACUACAAAGGUCGUGUGACGUACCGUAGUGAUAAGAUGAAUGGACACACCCUGACAAUCACAGACCUGAGAGAAAGUGACUCAGCUGAGUACAUGUUCAGAUUCAUAACAGAUCAGACUGGAGGGAAAUAUUGUGGCUAUCCUGGAGUCACUCUGUCUGUUACAGACCUGCAGGUGAAGGUGACCACUACAUGGUGGUCAAUGACACUGACCUGUAGCACCACCUGUACUCUGACUGGUAACCCCACCUUCACCUGGUACAGUAACAGUAAGAUUGUACAAAAGGACCCCUCCCCCUCAUACACAAUCCACUUUAAAACUGAAGACAGCUUCUACUGUGCUGUAAAAGGCAUCAAUUCUCCUGCAGUGUCUGUUGAGGGUCACAGUUAUUUCCACGUGACUUACACCCAUCAGAAGAUCUGUACCUUGAAUGGGACAUCAGUGGACAUAUCCUGCUCUUAUACAUUUCCCAGUGGUCAUACAGUCUCUGAAACAAUCUGGUAUACAAAAGGAAAACUUAAUGAGGCGCCUCAAAUCCUGAGCCCGGGGUAUGGAGGUCGUGUGGAGUACCUUGGAAAUAUGCAGAGUUACUCCAUCCUGAGAAUCACAGACCUGAGAGAGGAGGAUUCAGCUGAGUAUAAGUUUAGAUUCAGAACAGAUCAGACAACCUGGGAGCCCACCUUCCCUGGAACAACUCUGACUGUCACAGGUCUGCAGGUGAAGGUGACUCCUGCCACUGUGACAGAGGGACAGAAGGUGACACUGACCUGUAGCACCACCUGUACUCUGGGUGACAACCCCACCUACAUCUGGUACAAGAAUGGACACGUAACCAACCAAUCUACCAGUCUGUUCCUAAACCCAGUCAGCAGUGAGGAUACAGGCAGAUACUCCUGUUCUGUAGAAGGACAUGAGGAUCUCCCCUCUGAUGAAGAGACUCUCACUGUCACAUACGGCCCAAAGAACACCUCAGUGUCAGUCAGUCCCUCUGGUGAAAUAGUGGAGGGCAGUUCAGUGACUCUGACCUGCAGCAGUGAUGCCAACCCACCUGUGGACAAAUACACCUGGUACAAGAAGAACGUAACCUCACCAAAAGCAUCAGGACAGAGUUACAGCAUCACUAACAUCAUCUCUGAGGACAGAGGAGAAUACUACUGUGAGGCCCAGAAUAGAAGAGGAUCUAUGAACUCUACAUCUCUGAUGAUCAUUGUAGCAGGGAAACAAACAUCAGUUCUGACUGCUGCUGUAGGAAUCAUAGUGGUUGUUCUGGUUCUCAUCCUCUGUCUCUCUGGACUCAUGUGGUUCAGGAGAUCCACAGCAGGAAGUGAUGCCACAACAGGGAUACAGAGUGUCCAUCCUGAUCCUAACAGUGACACGUACACAGCUUUGAACAUGAAGACCAGGUCACCAGAGUAUGACACCCUGGCAAAUGUGAGGGACUCCCCCACUGUCACAAUCCCUCAGAUAGAUGCUGAUGCCUCUGAUUAUGAGAACUACAACCCGUCCUGAAGAGAACCACCACAGAACCUGGACUAAACUGAAACACCACAGAACCUUGAGUGAAGAAAACCACCACAGAACAUUGAGUGAAGAGAACCACCACAGAACCUGGACUGAAGAGAACCACCACAGAACCUGGACUGAAGAGAACCACAACAGAACCUGGACUGAAGAGAACCACCACAGAACAUGACUGAAGAGAACCACCACAGAACCUGGACUGAAGAGCAACAGCAUGAAACCAAAGCUAGGCCUCACAAUGCUAUUCUCUUACUAUCAUUAUGCUUUCUUAUCUAUUAGGUUUUCCAGACUAUGACCUUUAACCUUUGAGUGAAUGCUGGAAUUUAGAUUGUUAUCCUAAUGAUAAAUACAGUAUGUAUAUAGAUGAUAAAUACAAUUUGUAUAUAGAUGAUAAAUGGGAUAGAUUAUGCUUCUGCUAUUUUUCUAUAAUAUUUUGCCAUUUCCAGAUUUGAUUACAUUUCAUGUAGAAAUAUGUUGACCUAUUCAUUAGCUCUGCUCCUUCAGGUGUUUAGUAAGCCCACCACAUGCUAGGUAAUGCUAGUAUCAACAUGCCAUCCAACACAGCUGAAACUAUAGUAAGCCCACCACAUGCUAGGUAAUGCUAGUAUCAACAUGCCAUCCAACACAGCAGAAACUAUAGUAAGACCACCACAUGCUAGGUAAUGCUAGUAUCAACAUGCCAUCCAACACAGCUGAAACUAUAGUAAGCCCACCACAUGCUAGGUAAUGCUAGUAUCAACAUGCCAUCCAACACAGCUGAAACUAUAGUAAGCCCACCACAUGAUAGGUAAUGCUAGUAUCAACAUGCCAUCCAACACAGCAGAAACUAUAGUAAGACCACCACAUGCUAGGUAAUGCUAGUAUCAACAUGCCAUCCAACACAGCUGAAACUAUAGUAAGACCACC